UAAUGGAUUAAAUAUUAUAAAGUAUGAAUAUAAAUAUAACAUGAGUUCAAACGGUUUAAAAGUAUUAAAGAAAAACAAUUCUUACCCACAAACGAUACGAUGUCAAAAAUGUCUAGAAAUGGGACAUUGGAGUUAUGAAUGUAAGGGAAAACGGAAAUAUUUACAUAGGUCUUCAUGUACGACACAACUGAAGAGAGCUUUAAAAAAGCAGCAAGAAUCUAAUGGUGAAGAGCACAGGAAAGAAGUGAAGAAAAGUCGUUUACAGAAAAAAAUGAAAGGAGAAUCUAGUAGUUCCAGUAAUACAAAUUCUAGUGCUGAUAGCAGCAGUUCCAGCAGUAAUAAUGAUAGCAGCAGCAGUAGCUCAUCUUCAGAUAGUGAAUCAGACUCUAGUGAUAGUGUUUCAAGUAGUAGCAGUGGCAGCAGUAGUAGUAGCAGCAGCAGUAGCAGCAGUAGUAGCAGUAGUAAAAGUAGCAACCGUUCUAACAAAUUUAUUUUACACAAAAACAUCCUGUCUAAACAAUUUUAG